GGGCAGAGUCUCUGGCAGCCUUUCUUCGUGCCCAGGACCACCGGAAGCCUGGCCUGAGGCUCUCCUCACAGACUGUCCCCUUCUCCUCCGGGCCGAGGCUUCCUGUGGGGGUUAAUAGAAGAGUCAGUUUGGGAAGUGAGUGAAUGGGGAAUCAGAGGAGCCAGCUGGAUUUUGUCUUUAUUGUUAGGAACACAUCGGGAAACAGUACUCUGUCUGGGAAACGCCCGGGAAUGGUUGUCUAGGAGCUUGGAGGGCCGCUUAAAACACGGUUCCCUUAUACUUACCAGGAGGGAGCCCUGUAAAGGUCAGAGGUCAACUUUCAAGAAUUUGGGUCUCCCCUUCCACCAGAAGUAUAAAAAUGAAUUUUAAUGUCUGGAAUAUCAAAGAGAUGCUCAGUAUUCCCUCAGGCUCUGGGAUCACUAAGCCAUCUAACUGGAAUAGUAAUCAGACUGAUUGUUCUUCUCCCAGUGAUUCCCAGUUCCUAUUUGGAUCUCAGUUUUGUCCGGAAAAUUCAGAGAGUCUGUCUGCAUCCUUGGAUGUUGGUGUCUACUCAAGACAUCCAAAACAAACACAACAUAAUUCUGUAGAUAAUGAACCUAGUAUUUUCACAAAAUACCAGACAAAGCCCCAGUUGUUUGGAGGUGAUACAAAGGAUGAAGGUUUAUUUUCUCUUCCUUUGCCAGUUGGAAAAUCAAAAGGACUCUUGAAACAGUUUGAGGAGAAAAAACGAAGGGCAACAGACAAAUGUGACAGUGAGAUGCUGUACAACUUUGUUUCUCAAUUUCAAGAAGUCAUUCACAAGUUGCAGACAUCUGUGGAAAAGUCUGAGGAAAAUCUCAGUUCAAGAAACCAAUCUAUUUUGGAUUAUUUGGAAACUAUAGCCAAGACAUUUCAAGAGAAUGCACAGGUUCAUCGUGACCUGAUGUUUGAUGCAGUGCGAGACAAAGGCAAUAUGGAACAGGCCAUCCUUGAGCUACGGAAGAUAUCUGAAGCCAGACAAGCUGAGCUUAUGGAGAUGAAAUCCAGCCUGAAAAACCUUGAUGUUCUAGUUACCCAGCAGAGUAAGAACUUCCAGCAGCUUUGUGAGAAGCUGGGCCAGCUCAAUGUGCCUGGUGUCUUAGAAGAGCUGAAACAACUCCUCUCUGCACCUCGGGCAGUUGGGUGUCUGAAAGACAGUGCCUCUCAGACCUCACCAGCUCUGGCCCAGGGCCUCCAUUUUACAAGGCAGGAAAAAUGUACCUCUGAGACUCAGGUGUCUCCUGCAGGGAAUCCAAGUAGGAGUUCCCAGAGGCCUAGAGGGUUUGAUGUCUGGGAUAAAGGGACAGAGACUGGUGUUUUUCAGAAGGUUGCAUUGCUGACAGAUGGGCCCCAUAGAGGAAAUGAGUAUUUGGAGAACAAGACCAUACAGACUUACAGCAAGAACGUGGUUAUCACCCCCAGAAGCCUCAGUAACCACUGCUCUAGCCUCCCAAGCCAGAAGGCUGAUGGUGACGAGGAUCUAGUUUCCCACGAAGCCUCACAGCUGGACUUAAAUAAGAUUGAAUCCAGAGUGAAGAAUGUCUGCCCCCAAAAUGAAGCCCAAAGCAUGUGGUCAGCAACUGAACAGAAACGCAGGGCACCAGAUAAGGGGAGGAAAGGCAGGAAAAAGCAACCUAGGAAAUCACAGAGAGGCAGGCUUCUAGCUGGGAAGCAAGAACAAAUCCCAAGGAAGGCCUGUGCUUUUGUCUCUAGGCAUCAUAGUCCCCAGACUUCAGCUUCUAGCCCACAAGGGCCCAACAUCUGUUGGCGGGCUCCAAGAAGCACCACAAAGUCAGCCUGUCGUAUUCUGGGAAGAACCGUAAGGACCAAUAAGACAGCAAGUGUAACACCCGGGAGCAUCCUACAGUCUACCCAGUGCUCCUCCCCAGUCUGUGAGAGCUUAUCCAGCAGUUCCCAGGAGGAUCAGCAGAUAAAUUGGUUCAGUGACCUUAGCCUUGGACACCCAGAACCUCCUUUGUCUAAGAAGGAAGGGAAGAAUUUGCUCUGCGACCCAGAUUUUGACAGCAGCGAUGAUAACUUCUAACCCUGCCAACAGUGAUUUGGGCUGAUGGUUCACUGAUCUCAGUUAGAAAGACAAAUUGCAGAACAUUUGGAUUUUGCAGUAGCAUAUAGUAUCUGAAGCUGACUUAUCCAGCCUCAGUAUCUGAAGCUGACUUAUCCAGCCUCAGAGUCAGAGGCCCUUGGUUGAUGGUGGUCAGUGGGAAGUGGGUGAGAAUCCAGUACUCUAGGCUACUCAUGACAAGUGCAUACAAGUAAGUACAUCCUUAGUUAAGGGGGAGAAAUGUGUGGAGACAGUGACAAGAGCUCAGUCAGCCUGUGUGAGGCAUUAGGAAGGCAGCUAUGAGUAUUUGGUGAAAGGAAGGGACAUCGAUUUCCUUAUGGAAUACUAUCUAGAAUUGUCAGAACUCGUGUGACUGCGUAAUUAGCUCUCAAAAUAGUCCCUACACCUGACAGGUACCUUUCUGAGCCUCAGGAUUUUAUUUUAUUUUUUUAUCUAGCUAUGUUGUCAGAGUUUUCUCAUUUCCAUGAGAAGACAUAUUACAGGGUUCACCAUUAGAAUUAGACAGGGGUUCAUUAUGUAACCUUGCCUGGCCUUGUAUUUACAUUCCUCCUGCCUCAGCCUCCAGAGUGCUGGAGUACUACAAGCAUGUCUCAGUUCUCAGCUGUAAAUCAGUCUACUUAAGAACAUAGUGUUAGCCGGGCGUUGG